CCUCCCUCUACUUGGACUAUUAACAUCCAUUACCAUUAAAUUUCUGCAUUGAUCCUUAUCUCGCUUUGAGCGUACUACACCCCAGCAUUUUUUGAUUCUAUUUUUCUGAAAAAAUCUAGACACAAUGGUUAACUUCACGGUAGAUCAGAUUCGUGGCUUGAUGGACAAGCCGACUAACAUCCGUAACAUGAGUGUCAUUGCUCAUGUUGAUCACGGAAAGUCGACCCUCACGGACUCCCUAGUCUCAAAGGCUGGCAUUAUUGCGACCGCUAAGGCUGGAGACAUGCGAUUUACUGAUACAAGGGAAGACGAAAAGGAACGCGGUAUUACUAUUAAGUCAACUGCCAUCUCGAUGUACUUCGAGGUCAGUAAGGAAGAUGUGGGAUCCAUCAAGCAAAAAACAGAUGGCAACGAGUUCUUGAUCAACCUCAUUGACUCUCCAGGACAUGUCGACUUCUCAUCCGAGGUCACUGCCGCCCUCCGUGUCACCGAUGGUGCUCUUGUUGUCGUAGACUGUAUUGAAGGUGUCUGUGUCCAGACAGAGACUGUCUUGCGUCAAUCACUGGCGGAACGUAUCAAACCUGUGCUUGUUAUCAACAAGGUUGAUCGUGCUCUUCUUGAGCUCCAGGUCGACAAGGAGUCUCUUUUCCAGACUUUCUCACGAACGAUCGAGUCAGUGAACGUCAUUAUUUCCACCUACCACGACCCAGUCCUCGGUGAUGUCCAGGUUUACCCUGAUCAGGGAACUAUUGCCUUUGGUUCUGGUUUACAUGGAUGGGGCUUCACCCUCCGUCAGUUCGCAAAUCGCUAUGCCAAGAAAUUUGGUGUAGACAAGGAGAAGAUGAUGAGCAAGCUUUGGGGCGACAACUUCUUCAACCCGGCGACAAAAAAGUGGUCCACGAAGUCGACCGAUACAGACGGAAAGACACUAGAGCGUGCAUUCAACAUGUUCGUGCUUGACCCGAUUUACAAGAUUUUCGAUGCCGUCAUGAACUUCAAGAGGGAGCAAGUGUUCACCAUGCUCGAGAAGCUUGAUGUCAAACUCUCACAGGACGAGAAGGACCUCGAGGGCAAGGCACUCCUCAAGGUUGCCAUGCGCAAAUUCUUGCCUGCUGGUGACUCAUUGCUGGAAAUGAUUGUCAUCAACCUUCCAUCCCCGGCAACCGCACAACGCUACCGUGUAGAGACACUCUACGAAGGCCCUAUGGACGAUGAGUCCGCGAUUGGUAUUCGCGACUGUGACCCCAAAGCUCCUUUGGUCCUUUACGUCUCAAAGAUGGUACCGACCUCGGAUAAGGGCCGUUUCUACGCUUUCGGUCGUGUCUUCUCUGGUACCGUCAAGUCUGGGCCCAAGUACCGUAUCCAGGGACCAAACUACAUUCCUGGAAAGAAGGAAGAUCUAUUCCAAAAGGCCGUUCAACGUACAGUACUCAUGAUGGGCCGUUACAUUGAGCCCAUUGAAGACUGCCCAGCAGGAAAUAUUGUUGGUCUAGUCGGUGUUGACCAGUUCUUGCUCAAGAGCGGUACAAUUACAGAGAGUGAGACUGCUCACAACAUGAAGGUCAUGAAGUUCUCCGUGUCUCCUGUCGUCCGGGUCGCUGUCGAGGUCAAGAACGCGGCUGACUUGCCUAAGCUCGUCGAAGGUCUCAAGCGUCUCUCGAAAUCCGAUCCGUGUGUACAGGCCUGGAUUGACGAGUCUGGUGAACACAUUGUUGCAGGUGCCGGUGAACUUCACCUCGAAAUCUGCCUGAAGGAUCUCGAGGAAGACCACGCUGGUGUGCCGCUCAAGAAGUCCGACCCAGUCGUCGGAUACCGUGAGACUGUUAAGGCAGAAUCCUCGAUCGUUGCGCUUUCCAAGUCACAGAAUAAACACAACCGUCUGUACGUCAAGGCUGAGCCGCUCGACGAGGAGCUGUCAAAUGCAAUCGAGGCCGGCAAAAUUAACCCGCGUGACGAUUUCAAGGCGCGUGCUCGUGUACUUGCGGACGAAUACGGUUGGGAUGUCACCGACGCCCGUAAGAUCUGGUGUUUCGGUCCUGAGACAACUGGCCCGAACUUGAUGGUCGAUAUGACGAAGGGUGUUCAAUACCUCAAUGAAAUCAAGGAUUCUUGCGUAGCUGGAUUCCAGUGGGCAACUAAAGAGGGUGUGUGCGCUGAGGAGAACAUGCGUGGUGUUCGUUUCAACGUUAUGGAUGUGACGUUGCAUGCAGAUGCCAUUCACCGUGGUGGUGGACAGAUCAUCCCGACGACCCGCCGUGUCUGUUACGCAGCAUGCUUGUUGGCAACUCCAGGUCUCCAGGAACCCGUCUACCUUGUCGAGAUUCAGUGCCCUGAGAAUGCUAUCGGCGGUAUCUACAGCGUACUGAACAGGCGUCGUGGACAGGUCUUCUCCGAAGAGCAGCGCCCGGGAACGCCGAUGUUCACUGUCAAGGCUUACCUGCCUGUCAGCGAGUCAUUCGGUUUCGUUGCCGACCUCCGCUCUCAUACUCAAGGUCAGGCAUUCCCGCAGUCAGUCUUCGACCACUGGGAGGUCAUGAACGGAUCUCCAACUGAGAAGGGCAGCAAGCUUGAGGAACUUGUCCGGAAUAUCCGUGUCCGCAAGGGUCUUAAGCCGGAAAUCCCGCCACUCGACACCUACUACGACAAGCUGUAAACAUCCUUCAAAUACUUGCCAGCUUGUUUGUAAUUUUCGGGGGGAGAUUGGGUUGAUGCUUCCCACCCUGCUUUAUAAAUCGUCCCCUCUAAACCUAAACGCCUGCACUUCUCUAAAUGGUUCCGCAGUAGUAUCGACGUCGUUGUUGUAGCCCCCCUCCCCCUUUUUUUUCAGUGUACGAGCUAAAGACGCACGCAUGAAAUACGACGAAAUUAUGUUGUACUUUUGAAAUUUAUUAAGG